AUGUCUUGCAAGAAAAUUGAAUGUAUAACAGUGAAAUAUUACCGUGCUGGUACACCUUAUUUACCACCAGAAGCAAUCGAAGAAAUCAUUCAAUCUAGAGGGAGUAUUAAAAAUGCAUCUAAAACAAUGGCAGAUAAAUAUAAAACGUCAACUCGCCGAGUGUAUGAAAUUUGGAAAAGACAUGCCAAAGGUUUACCAUUACGCAAACAACAGAUGAUAUAUUCCAAAUCGGAUUUACAGAACAAUAAUUCUUUUGAUAUGCAAAUAAAAAAGGAAUUCAAACCCGUUCAUAUUUCUGAACCAAUUCCCAAUAGUGCCCCAUCGGAAAACAACACUGACAGUGACUCUGACGAAGAAAACUCUCAAGAAGAAAACUCUACUAUUUCUACAUCACAACCAGGAAGAGAAUUAGACGAAUCUGACAUUUUAAAUCAACAAAGAAGAAGGGUCCAACAACCAACUACACAAUUAAAUACAACGCCAGUCAUAGGAUCAAACAACCAAUUUACUAACCAACCUAUUACAAAUAAUCUAGAACAACAAGUAACAACAAUGGAUGCCACUCAAUUCAAUCAAUUAAUAGCAGCAUUAGGACAACUCACUCAACAACUUGGUUAUACCCACUUUGAAGUACGACGAGUUCGCGGAUGCGUCGUACCUGGAAGAACGAUUGGUUUGCAUUUGCGUCGUACUUUUUGUAGGUUAUGGCAUUGUUAUUACGCAGGUUAUGCCGUCCGACAUGCGACUUGGGGUAAUGGCUGA